AUGCCAACACAAUUACCACUCGCGGGUCUCCGCGUUGUCGAGCUAGCUGGCCUAGCUCCCGGCCCAUUUGCCGGCCUGCUGCUCGCAGACUACGGCGCCUCGGUGCUCCGUAUUGACCGACCAAAAUCCAUCAGCGCCGACCAGCUCACGCGGGGCAAAUCCUCCAUCAUCCUCGAUCUACGAGACCCCGCCUCCCACAAACUUCUGCUCGAAUUGCUGUCGAACGCCGAUGUCCUCAUCGACCCUUACCGCCCCGGGGUGCUAGAGCGCCUUGGCCUCUCACCUAAGGAUGUGUUGUUGAAGCGGAAUCCGCGAUUGAUUGUUGCUCGGAUGACCGGGUUCCGGAGAGACGGGAAGUAUAAGGACAUGGCUGGUCAUGACAUCAACUACAUUGCCGUAUCUGGCGUUUUGUCAAUGCUUGGGCGCGCAGGCGAGAAACCAUAUGCGCCAGGCAAUAUCCUUGGAGAUUUUGCCGGUGGGGGCGCCGUCUGUUUCCAGGGCAUUCUACUGGCGUUACUGUCGCGUGCGACAACCGGCCGAGGCCAAGUCGUCGAAGCCAACAUGGUUGACGGGUCCGCGUACCUAGCGGCCAUGCCGCGGUUGAACAUGCAGACGCCGCUAUGGAGUGGCCCCCGAGGAACAAAUAUGCUUGAUGGAGGGAGCCCUUUCUACGAUACAUACGAGACCAAGGACACAGGCAAAUACUUCUCGGUCGGCGCAUUGGAGCCGCAGUUCUACGCGGCCCUGAUCAAGGGUCUAGGGUUUCAACCGGAUGAACUGCCGUCACGCGAAGACCGCAGUAACUGGCCUGCGCUCAGGGCAGCCUUCACAAAGCGGUUUAAGGAAAAGACUCGUGCGGAAUGGGAGGCCGUAUUCGACGGGACGGAUGCGUGUGCGACCCCUGUGCUGGAACAGUCGGAAUUGCGGGAGGCCGGCUUUGAGCAGCGCCCGAUCGUGCACUUGUCGGAUACGCCAGCCCGGCCGAUCGCUGCGGACGACGGCGCAUGGGCCGGGGGGAUUCUUAAGCCAGGAACUGAGGGGAGAGAGACGCUGAAGACAUGGUUGGGGUGGGAGCAGGGUCGGGAAUAUGGUGUGAGGAGUGAUGGGGCUUUGGUACAAACCGAUGGCAAAUCCAAGUUGUAG